AUGACACUCAAUGGUUCCGGAAACGGAGCUAUUCUUAGUACACAUGUUCCUGUAAAUUUAAUUCGUCGUCGAAAAGAAUUAUUAAAAAAAGAAAUUCAAGAAAUCCGUGAAAAAAUUGCUCAAUAUGAAUUCGAAAUGUCAAUGAUACAAAGUCACAACAAUAAUGAGUAUUUUUUUUUCUUCGUGUCAUCAUUAGCAACAAAAACAACAACGACAACUAUGGAGAGACAUAAAGAGAGAUUUUCAUUUCGAGCCUUUGAUGCUAAUAAAAAAAAUUUAUCAAACGUAGUUGAGAAAAGUCGAAGUUCUGAGAAUCAAUUAAAUUCUCCGAAUGGUUUAAAAUCUGAGCAAAAAUCUCAUAACCUUCGUACGCGUAUACUUGACCAUAUCUCACCUCCUGAUAAACAUCACACAACACAUUCUCCGACAAUUCAACCAUUAAAACCAAUGCGUUAUUCUCGUCAUUUUAAUGUAACAGUUUCACUAAAAAAAUCUCGACUGUUAAGUCGUCAUAAUCCCAAUGCUAAACAAUGGUCUAUUGGUAAAAGACAAUUUAAUGAAAAUCCAAAAGAAGGUAUACGUUGGCUUGUUGAAAAUAAUCUUCUACAAAAUACACCAGAACAUAUAGCAAAAUUUCUAUUUAAUGAAACAGGUUUAAGUAAACGUGCAAUUGGAGAUUAUAUUGGAGAAAGAGAUGAUUUUUAUAUUGAUGUACUCAAGCAAUUUGCUCAUAUGCACGAUUUUUUUUCAAUAGAUAUUGUUGAAGCACUCAGACGUUAUUUAUUUAUGUUUCUUCUUCCAGGUGAAGCACAAAAAAUUGAACGAAUAAUAGAAGCAUUUGCUCAACGUUAUUAUGAAUGCAAUCCAGAUAGUUAUGCAAAUGCUGAAGUCUGUUUUAUUUUAUCAUAUGCAAUAAUUAUGUUAAAUACAUCAUUACAUAAUAAGAGUGCUCGUUUGGGUGGACCAUUUACAUAUGAAAAAUUUCUUAGUAGUUUAAGUGAAGCUAUUGCACAGCCACAAAUGCCUGACACAAGUCUUAUUAAAAAUAUUUAUGAUAAUAUUAAAAAUAAUGAAUUUAAAUUUCCAGAUCAAGAUACGAAUUCAAUGACUGACAGUAUGAGACUCAAAGAAGGUGAUUCAACAAUUAUUAAAGAAGGAUGGUUAUGGAAACAAGGUGGUCGUGUUCGAAAUUGGAAACGACGAUGGUUUGUUAUUACAGAUGGAUGUCUUUUCUAUUAUGAAACUAGAACAGAAGUUGAAAAUCCUCGUGGUAUAGUUUCAUUAAUUGAUGUUGGUGUUCGAGAAAUCGAUGAUGAUCGUGCAAAACAAUAUUGUUUUGAACUUUUUCCACUUACUGGCGAAAGACUUAAAACAAGUAAACCAACAUCUGGUGAACAAGCUAAAACUACUGAAAGUAAUCAUGCAGUUUAUCGAAUGUCAGCAUCAUCUGAUGAUGAACGUAAAGAUUGGAUUCGUGCAUUACGUAUUGCAAGUCAAAAUGAAUUACCUAAUCAACGAUUAUCUUAG